AUAUUAAACUUUACUCUGCGAUUCUGUGGAACCUAGCUUUAUUGAACAGCUGCAUAUGAAAAGGAUUUGGGGUACCAAGCUUUCCGUGUGUCUGUCUUCUGAUGUUUCUGACAGUGUACCUCAGUAACAAUGAGCAGCACUUCACUGAGGUGCCAGUCACCCCUGAAACAACCUGCAGGGAUGUGGUGGAGCUGUGCAAGGAGCCUGGUGAGAGUGAGUGCCACCUGGCUGAAGUGUGGUGUGGCUCAGAACGUCCCAUAGCUGAUAAUGAACGGAUGCUGGAUAUUUUGCAGCGCUUUGGAAUGCAGAGAAGUGAAGUUCGUUUCUUUCUCCGUCAUGAACGCUCUCCCUGCCGGGAAGCAGGGACUGGACAAAGGUCUCAAGAUCCAGCCUUAAAAAGAAAUGGUGUCAAAGUGCCUGGUGAUCGAAGAAUAGAGAAUGGUGUCAGUGCUCCAAGGAUGGAUAUGACACUGGCUGAACUUCAGGAAAUGGCAUCACGCCAGCAGCAACAAAUUGAGGCUCAACAGCAAAUGCUGGCUAACAAGGAACAACGUCUGAAAUUCCUGAAACAGCAAGAUCAGCGACAGCAACAGCAAGCUGCUGAACAGGAAAAACUGAAGCGAUUAAAGGAAAUUGCUGAGAAUCAGGAAGCCAAACUUAAGAAAGUGAGAGCACUGAAGGGCCAUGUGGAGCAAAAAAGACUCAGCAAUGGGAAACUGGCAUUGGUCUCCUCCCCGCUUUGUGAAUUUAUUCAGUUGAGGAACAAACUGAACCAGGAGCAGAAUGCCAAGCUGCAGCAACAGAGGGAGUGUUUGAACAAGCGCAACUCGGAGGUGGCAGUCAUGGAUAAGCGUGUUAAUGAGCUGCGAGAGCGCCUGUGGAAGAAAAAGGCAGCUCUGCAACAGAAAGAGAAUGUACCAGUUUCUUCUGAUGGGAAUUUACCACAGCCAGUGGCUUCGGCUCCAAGUCGAGUAGCAGCAGUAGGUCCUUAUAUCCAGUCCUCUACUAUGCCACGUAUUGCUUCCAGACCUGAACUUUUGGUGAAACCAGCAUUUUCAGAUGGGACACAAGCUUUGCAGGUACCUGAUGGUCCACUGAAAACACAAACUCUGCCCAACAUGAGGGCUGGGAGCAGUACACAAGCUAAAGCUCCUGCAGGUUCUGUGGUCCCCAGUGCAAAACCUUCCCCAUCUGCCACUGACUGGAGUAGUUCAAAUGCAGAUAGUCAUCUUAGUCAAGGAUCAUCCUUGACUUCAGGAAAAGGAAUUGUGACUAGCGAAGGACAAGCUGAAGGAGAAACUUUUUUACGAGACAAAGAGAAAAAAGUGCGUCCGUUCUCAAUGUUUGAUUCUGUGGACCAGUCUGCUGGGCUGGGCACACUGAGAAAGAACCAGAGCAGUGAAGAUCUCCUUCGAGAAGCACAGACAGCCAAUAAAAGUGCAACAAAGGUACCACCACCUGUCCCCACUAAACCAAAACAGAUAAACUUGCCUUACUUUGGUCAAGCCAGUCAUCUGCAACCUUCUGAUGCUAAGCUGGAUGGAAACCUGCAGAAGCUGCCCUUGGCUAUUGUAACUAUGGGGAAUAAGCAAAAAACAGUGGCACAGCAACCUUCCCAUCCUCAGCAGAUACAGCAAAGAAUUUCUGUACCUCCUGCAGGUUCUUCCUCUAGCCAGGACCAAAUUCUUCCCUCCUCCAAGCAGGAGAGUCCCCCAGCAGCAGCUGUGAGACCUUUUACCCCUCAGCCGUCCAAAGAGACCUCACUCCCACCAUUUCGAAAGCCUCAAACUGUGGCUACAAGUUCAAUUUAUAGUAUGUACACGCAACAGCAGACUCCUGGGAAGAACUUCCAGCAGGCAGUGCAGAGUGCUUUGACGAGGGCGCAGACCAGAGGACCGCACUUCCCGAGCAUGUAUGGCAAACCUGUGAUGGCAGGAGCUGGUGUACAGAAUCAGCCACCACAGACGGAGAACAUCUACUCAAACCUCCAAGGCAAGCCAGGCAGUCCGGAGCCUGAGAUGGAAACAGCAUCCUCCACUCAUGAGAAUCAUGAAACAGAGCGAAUACCCCGUCCCCUUAGCCCAACCAAAUUGCUGCCUUUCUUAUCCAACCCAUACCGCAACCAGAGCGAUGCUGAUCUGGAAGCACUACGGAAAAAGCUGUCCAAUGCACCCAGACCACUGAAGAAACGUAGCUCCAUUACUGAGCCAGAAGGACCUAAUGGCCCCAAUAUUCAGAAGCUGUUGUAUCAGAGGACCACUCUGGCUGCAAUGGAGACUAUCUCAGCUCCAUCACAUCCAUCGAAACAGACGGCAUCAGCUUCCAGUCCUGAAAGUCCAGCAGAAAUCCCAAAUCCUUAUCUAAGUGCAGAAUUGGAAAAAGAAACAGCUGCUUCUAUGCCAGAACCAGCUAUUGCUGAGGAAGCAGAAGACACACCAGCAGAUCAGAGUGAAGCUGUUCUUCCCUCCAUGGCUUUGGAGACUGUACCUGAAGGAGUAUCAGAUAGUGGUGAACUCACGCAGCCAAAAACGGAAGAACCAAGCCUAGAAGCUUCACUGCCACUGGAGGUAUACUUGGAAGAAUAUCCUCCAUACCCACCACCUCCCUAUCCAUCAGGGGAACCAGAGAGUUUGGGAGAGGACUCAUUCAAUAUGAGGCCUCCUGAAGUUACUGGACAAUUUUCCUUGCCUCCUGGGAAAAGGACGAACUUGCGUAAAACUGGCUCUGAGAGAAUUGGGCACGGAAUGAGAGUGAAAUUCAAUCCCCUUGCAUUGCUUCUGGAUUCAUCUUUGGAGGGGGAGUUUGAUCUCGUGCAGAGAAUAAUUUACGAGGUUGAAGAUCCUAGCAUGCCGAACGAUGAAGGGAUUACUGCACUACACAACGCUGUGUGUGCUGGGCACACAGAAAUUGUGAAGUUCCUGGUGCAGUUUGGAGUGAAUGUGAAUGCUGCAGAUAGUGAUGGAUGGACCCCAUUACACUGUGCAGCAUCUUGCAAUAACGUGCAGGUGUGCAAGUUCUUGGUGGAGUCGGGUGCAGCUGUAUUUGCGAUGACCUACAGUGACAUGCAGACAGCUGCAGACAAAUGUGAGGAAAUGGAAGAAGGCUACACGCAGUGCUCCCAGUUCUUAUAUGGAGUCCAGGAGAAAAUGGGGAUAAUGAACAAAGGAGUGAUUUAUGGACUUUGGGAUUACGAGGCUCAGAAUGAUGAUGAACUCUCCAUGAAAGAGGGAGACUGCAUGACAAUCCUGCGCCGGGAAGAUGAAGAUGAAAUUGAGUGGUGGUGGGCACGGCUGAACGACAAGGAAGGCUAUGUUCCCCGCAACCUGCUAGGGCUGUAUCCAAGGAUUAAACCUAGACAAAGAAGCUUGGCAUGAAAUAGUACAGAAGCCAGAUCCUUGAAGUACUAAUCAUGGAUGACUUA